AUGAGCUCAUCGCCAGCUGUGUGCCCUUCGCCGGGUUAUGGCUUUCCUCCCACUGGUGGCGAUUAUUUUAGUGCCAAGAAGUCGCCAUCAAGACUCAAGUCCAGCAUGAUUCCAAAAGAACUCCCGGAAGACUUUUCUAUGAAUACUCAACCCGAUUAUUUUACCAGUGGUGUGCCUCAGAAAGAUGACUAUUUUGUAAACUUUCCUCCAAAAGAUACCUCAAAAGCUCCCACUCCACCAGUUAAUCCACACAAGCAAUACAACUCGUUUGGGUCUACCCUAUCGCAUAACACUGACGGUCACUCGGCACACUCUUCUAUGACUUUUGAUGACAUGAGUGAUACCGGCUCCAUUCACAAACCGCGAUCUACAACUGAACCCAGAUUUAGUUUCCAUGGGUCACAACCACUGAUGUCUCUGCAUAAGUCUUCUUCGCCACCACCUCUAAUGACGUUAAGCUCACUUCCCCAUCAACUGGACGUUGCAAAAACUACUCCACCAGGCUUUACUAAGCACAACACCAGCCCUAUGAGUUUGAGCUUUGGCUGUCCUCUGACCCAUGUCCACCCCCAUCAUGCCAUACCCAUACCCAAAGAUAGCAGACCGCUUAUUGAACAGCUCCCUCAUGUGUCAUACCUCCCAUCACCAAAAUUAUCCGAUACAAUCGAAAAUUCCAAUACCCUCAUCGUGGAUGUACGUCCAUUUGCCGACUAUAUCAAGUCUCACAUAAAGGGAGCCAUAAACAUAUGCCUUCCGCUGACCCUUUUGAAAAGACAGAGCUAUACCAUAUCAAGAUGCGUCACUUCGAUGCCUGCUUAUGAAAAGUCGAUUGUAAGCUCAUUCGUCGAUAACCACCAAUCUCAUGAUGCAGUAAUCUUGUACGAUACCACUGGCUCAUCGUCAAAUUUGUACCAUUUAGCUUGCAAGUUUGGUGACAAAUCAAUAUUUAAAUCACGCAUCUACAUCUUGGAUGAAGCUUAUGCUGUCUUCAAAGAAGUAUACCCUGACAACAUCGUAUCUGGUACCGCAGAUAUAUCGUCCAACAAACCUGGAAAAGAAGACCAUCUUUCGAAAUCCUUGAGUUCUUGCUCUUUGACCGAAGAAACGAAAACUCCCACCCUCCAUUUCACUCCCAUUUUAUCCAACUUCAAACUUCCGGACACCCCGAGAAAUACCUUCAAAAUACGCCAUAACGAAGAAGUGUUGUCCCCUCAACUAGAUUCUAGGCAAACUAUAACUUUGGAGAACUCAUCUUUGUCUAAUGAAGAGAGAGCAAAGCUACCAAACUGGAUUUUGCAAACGGUAGACAAUCCAAUCACCAUAGAGAGGGAUUUCCAAACGUUGGAGAAGUUUGAAAAGAAGCGGCUCCUUCAUGCACUUUCAGGUCAAAAGUUAAAGAGAGACUGUGCUAACGAUAGUCAUGAUGCUUCAUCGCCCACCUUUGUACCAUCUAUAACCUCAGGUAUUGAAUUAGGUCACAAGAAUCGGUACAAGGAUAUUUUCGUAUACGAGCAUUCUCGUGUGCGCCUUCAAGAGCAGCAACAACAGGCUUGUGAUUACAUUAACGCCUCCUACAUUGACCCUUCUGGACUUCAAGAGUUUUCUAAGGAUCCACUGAAGUUACAGUGUAAUUACAUUGCGACCCAAGGACCAUUGAACAGCACCAUUGGUGAUUUCUGGAAAUGUGCUUUGGAUAACCACUGCUCAAUAAUUGUGUCCUUGACGGGUGAAACUGAAAACGGUGUGGACAAGUGCUCACCAUUUUGGAGAGCUGGAACGUACACUUCGAACUCGACUUCGAUCGUCGUCUCACUUGAAGAGGAUGCUCAAAUUGAUGAGAAUUUGCUACUUCGUCGUUUCACCGUCUCAAUGGGAAAUAAUAAACCACAAUCUGUAUUACAGAUUCAUUUGUUGUCUUGGCCAGACAUGGGUUCAAUAUCCAAGUCUGAAGAUAUACUUACGGUUGUGUUCUUGAAACAGUUCUUGCUGGACAAGUUAAAAUCGUCUGAUGGUAGGGCAAUGAUCCAUUGCUCUGCAGGAUGCGGCAGAACUGGUACAUUGUGUGCCAUUGAUACAAUUUUGAGUUUGAUGAAAACGAACGGAACCAACGAGUUUGAACGUGAUCCCGUUUAUGCUAUCGUCAAUUCAUUCCGCAACCAAAGAAUAUCCAUGGUUCAAAACUUGAGGCAAUACAAUUCUAUCUACGACACCAUUCUACUUUUUUUGAAGGACGAGGCAAAUGGUACGAGACAUUGGCGGCACUUGGAGGACAACUGUUUGGUCCAAAAUUUUUUGAAUACAUAA